CGCGCUGGUCGCCCGUGCAACUCUCUGGCGGGCACAACACUCUAGUGGCACAGUAACGACCUUGACGACUGACCACCAAUGUCCGAUAUCUAUGCGCGGGGGACGCGUGUCUGGUUCCCUGACCGGGAGGAUGGGUGGGUGUCCGGAGAGGUAACCGCCGUGACGAAAGGCGACGAUGGAAAGGUCAAGCUAACCUUCGUUGAUGAGCGAGGCAAGGAGCAAGUCGUAGACACCACGGAGAGCAAUAUUCGCGAUGGCAAAGGCGAUCUUCCACCAUUACGCAACCCCCCUCUGCUCGAGAGUGCAGAUGACAUGGCUACCCUUUCCCACUUGAAUGAACCUUCCGUCCUCCAUACCAUUCGCAACCGUUACUCGCAACACAUCAUUUACACCUACAGCGGUAUUGUUCUGAUUGCUGUCAAUCCAUUCCAACGCGUCACGCUCUAUGGACCAGAGAUUAUUCAAGCAUAUAGUGGUCGUCGGAAAGGAGAGCUAGAGCCGCAUCUUUUCGCAAUCGCCGAAGAGGCAUACACCAGGAUGAGACAGGAUAAUAUGGGGCAGACUAUCAUCGUUUCCGGAGAGAGUGGUGCCGGCAAGACGGAGUCUGCCAAGCUGAUUAUGCGCUAUCUCGCGUCUGUCAAUGCGGACGCGUCAGGGAUUGGCUCUAAGACAAGGGUCAAAGGUGCCGACGAGACAAGUGAGGUCGAGCGCCAGAUUCUCGCUACAAAUCCCAUUCUUGAGGCGUUCGGUAACGCGAAGACAUCCCGUAACGACAAUUCUUCUCGAUUUGGAAAAUACAUCCAGAUUUUGUUCGAUGGGAAGCAGCAAAUUGUUGGCGCGCGUAUUAGGACAUACCUCCUAGAGCGGACCCGUUUGGUUUAUCAACCGGAUACGGAACGCAACUAUCACAUUUUCUACCAACUCUGUGCCGGUGUUCCCAUCAAGGAGCGGAAGGAUCUAGCACUUGAUCCGGAUGUUACCAAGUUUGCUUAUCUGAACCAGGGAGGUCCUUCUUCAACCCCGAUCCCAGGUGUCGAUGAUGUCGAAGAGUUCCGUGAAACCCAGCAAGCAUUGUCCACGGUCGGCAUUUCUAUCGAUCGCCAAUGGGCAGUGUUCAAGAUCCUCGCUGCACUCCUUCACAUAGGAAAUAUCAAGAUUACACAGUCACGCACAGACGCGAUGAUUGACGAUAAUGACCCUGCUCUGGCUCUUGCUACUCGCUUCCUCGGUAUUUCCCCUGUCGAGUUCAAGAGAUGGACUGUCAAGAAGCAGCUGACGACCCGCAACGAGAAGAUUGUGACCUCCUUGAACGGAGCACAAGCAACUGUGGUACGAGACUCCGUCGCCAAAUUUAUCUAUGCCUGCUUGUUCGAGUGGCUUGUGUCUAUUGUCAACGAGAGCUUGGCUGGUGAAGAUGGUGAAGCCGCAAAUAAAGCAGAGAACUUCAUUGGAGUUUUGGAUAUUUAUGGCUUCGAGCACUUCAAGAAAAACUCCUUUGAGCAGUUCUGCAUUAAUUAUGCAAACGAGAAGUUGCAACAGGAGUUCAAUGCCCAUGUGUUUAAGCUCGAACAGGAGGAAUAUGUUCGGGAACAGAUUUCUUGGACGUUCAUUGAUUUUGCCGACAAUCAGCCAUGCAUCGAUGUCAUCGAAAACAGGCUUGGUAUUCUGUCUCUUCUUGACGAGGAAUCGCGUUUGCCUGCUGGGACUGAUGCGUCAUUCCUUACCAAACUCGUCGGCCAGCUUGACAAGCCCGAUAACAAGAACGUGUUCAAGAAGCCUCGGUUUGGUAACACGGCGUUCACGGUUGCUCAUUACGCUCUGGACGUUACCUACGAAGUCGAUGGUUUCAUCGAGAAGAACCGUGAUACCGUUCCAGAUGAACAACUGAUGCUCCUUGCCAACACGCAAAAUUAUUUCUUCAAGGAAGUUCUGGAGGCAGCUUUGGCCGGUACCAAGCCGGGCGAUGCCUCAACGCCAACCCCAAGCGCAGGCUCAGAUACGGAGAGUGUUGUCAGCAAUCGUCGUCAAUCACUCAUACCUGAUCCCGGCCGAGCGUCAUUGACCACCGGACUUGGUACGAACUCGGGGGCCUCGGGCAAGGGUGGGCGUGCAGUUGCUCGGAAACCCACUUUGGGCUCCAUUUUCAAAGCAUCCCUCAUCUCCUUGAUGGACACCAUCGGCGUCACCAAUGUUCAUUAUAUUCGUUGCAUCAAACCAAACGAGGCAAAGCGCGCGUGGGAGUUCACUCCUCAGCAAGUGCUUGGACAACUUCGUGCGUGCGGUGUAUUGGAGACCAUUCGGAUCAGUUGUGCCGGAUAUCCUUCUCGCUGGACAUAUGAGGAAUUCGCUGAAAGGUACUAUAUGCUUGUUAUAGCGGCAAUUUGGUCAAAGCAGACGGACCCGAAAGCGCUCUGUAAUGAGAUCCUAGGCGCCGCCAUCAAGGAAGACGACAAAUAUCAGGCUGGCCUGACGAAAAUCUUCUUCCGUGCCGGAAUGCUUGCUUAUCUUGAGGCACAGCGUACCGACAAGCUAAACUACCUCGUCACAAUCAUCCAGAAGAAUAUGCGUAGGCGAAUGGCUGUGAAGAAAUAUCGUGAACUGCGGUCCGCCGCCAUCCGCAUCCAGACUUGGUGGAGAACGAUCCUGGCUCGUCGUCUCGUUUACCGGAUGCGGCAAGAAGCUGCUGCUGUUAAGUUCCAGAAGGCUAUCCGUCGUUAUCAGCAACGUAAACAGUACAUGGACAUCAGGGAAUCCGUCAUCCGCUUCCAGAGCCUAUUCCGUGGUCAGAAAGCGCGCCGCGAGUACAAGAAGACACGCCUGCAGACUGCUGCUGUCCUGCUCCAGCGGCUGUACCGCGGUUUCAUUGCUCGCCGGAAUUACAAGUCGGACGUCAAGAAAGUCAUCUAUCUCCAAUCAUGUGUCCGUCGACGCAACGCUCGCAAGGAGCUCAAGGCACUCCGGGCCGAGGCUCGUUCAGCUUCUCGCUUUAAGGAGAUUUCGUACCGAUUGGAGAACAAGGUCGUCGAGCUUACCCAGACUAUUCAGAAGCGCGUUGCCGAGAACAAGGAGAUGCAGGCCAAGAAUGAAGAGUUACAGGCCUUACUCCGUUCGUGGCAGUCGCGGCAUGAGGAGGCAGACGGCAGAGCGCGGCAACUUCAGACGGAUAUUCAGUCUGCGCACGUGCCCAAGUCGAAGUUCGAUGAAUUGCUUGCCACCAAGCGUGAGGUCGAUAAACGGCUUGACACGGCGCACCAAAAGGUCGCUGAGCAAGAAGAGCUUGUUCAGCAACUCACCGAUGACCUCAGUCGUCACACUGCUCUUUUGGAAGAGAGACAGAAGCUUUUGGAUGGCGCUGCAACUAAGGGCACUGAGGAUGGAGCCACAAUCAUGUCUCUGCGAACCGAGCUCAGUGGUUUGAAAGAUCAACUCAAUCGUGCCAAUGCUCUCGCCUCGUUGACCAAAAGCGCUCGGGAACCAACUUCGCCGACGGACCGCUUCCCACCUGCAUACAAGGCUAUCGAACAGUCACCUGUUAUCAACGGUGCAGUUAUGAACGGUGUUAAGCGCCACAACAGGACGCACAGUGCUGCUGCGUACUACAAUACUGAGAAAUCGGAGAACGGGUAUGACGAUGUCCUUCAGUUCGGGAGACGUCUUGGCCCUGGUGCGCCAAGGGCAGUGUCGGUUGCCCUCAAUGCGCAGGACGCCAUGCCGAGAUUCAAGCCCAUGAACGGGUUGGGUGACAUAUACGAUGAUCCGGCAGAGGAGAAGAUUCGUCUUCUUGAGGAUGGGACUGCGUUGGAUGAGGACAUCUUGAACAGUCUCAUCCGUGGGCUGAAGAUUCCUCAACCUGGCACCACACCGCCACCGAAUCUGAAGGAGAUUCUCUUCCCUGCUCACCUGAUCAGCUUAGUCACCAAUGAAAUGUGGAGAUUCGGUCUCAUUGCGGAGAGUGAAAGAUUCCUGGCCAAUGUGAUGCAGACCAUUCAGUCGCAUGUCAUGUCGUUUUCGGGCGAGGAUGCGAUUGUCCCGGGUCUCUUCUGGCUGUCCAAUGUCCAUGAAAUCCUCUCGUUCAUCUGUGUUGCCGAAAGUGAUAUGCAACAGGGUAUUGGUCCGGGCGGCGAUCCUGCUUGCCGAGAAUUCGAAUGGCAGGAUUACGAGCGCUUAGUGUCUGUUGUGAAGAAUGACCUUGACAGUCUCGAGUUUAACAUCUACCAUACCUUCAUGGUAGAGACCAAGAAGCGUUUAAGCAAGAUGAUCAUCCCGGCUCUUAUUGAAAGCCAAGCGCUCCCAGGAUUCACCGCGACCGACGGCAACAAUCGCCUCUUCAACCGCCUGCUUCAUUCGUCACAACCUGCAUUCAACAUGGAUGAUAUUCUGAACCUGUUCAAUAAGGUCUUCCGCAGCUUGAAGACCUUCUACAUGGAAGAGAUUGUCAUCGGCCAGGUCUUCACGGAGUUGCUGCGGCUUGUUGGCGUAACAAGUUUCAACGACUUGCUUAUGAGGCGCAACUUCAGCUCUUGGAAACGAGCCAUGCAGAUCCAGUACAACAUCACUCGCAUUGAAGAGUGGUGCAAGUCACAUGACAUGCCUGAAGGCAAUCUGCAGCUCGAGCAUCUGAUGCAGGCGACCAAGCUCCUCCAGCUGAAGAAAGCAACCUCUCAGGAUAUCGAGAUCAUCUACGAUGUCUGCUGGAUGCUCACGCCGACCCAAAUCCAGCGCAUGUGCACAAAUUAUUUCGUUGCAGACUACGAGAAUCCGAUCUCGCCGGAGAUUCUCCGUGUUGUUGCAUCACGGAUUGUGCCUAACGACAGAAACGACCAUUUACUGCUAACCCCUGAGACGGAAGACGUUGGGCCGUACGAGCUCCCUCUGGCGCGUGAGGUCACUGGUCUAGAGACGUACGUCCCCGCAUACCUCAACACCCCACACAUCAGGCGGCUGGCCGCCUUGGUGUCAUAGGUUUGGCAUGGUUUGCCUUUGGUCUGCGUUGGCGUUGUCAGGGGCGAGAUUUCGUUCACUCACGUUCAACGACCCUUAUGUUGUUUUCUUAUGGCUUAUGAUUCGCGUCCCUUCUUGUCUUUAUUUACACUACUUGCUUCUCUCUGUUUCGUGUGUUCAUUUGGAUCCCUCUCUUCCCCGCAUCUUCCGUCCGUUUAACCGUG